UACAAACAGCAUUCAUUCUACCAUUGGAAAAUACGUGUUCUCAGUAUUUUGCCAAAUAGUUAUUACAGUGCAAACGUUUUGCGUAUCUACACUUCUAAGUUCUAACAAUGAUUUUUUUUAAGUACCGAACGUGUUUACAAAUCUUUUAUUUUAUCAUAUUGAACAUAAUUUCUUUAAAUGGCGAAGAUAAUAUACAGAAAGUUCAAGAAAUUUUGAAUGAUUUACCAAAAGCGUCAGAUUUAGAGGAUUAUCUAUUGUUUCUGGACAGAAUACUAGACUUUUAUAUGAAAUAUAAAUUUUAUAUAGAUAUAAAUAGUUACUCCACGCUGUUUAUAUUUGGAGCGAGUGUACACCAAGUAUUGAAGAACCAAAGAGAGACAUUGCCGUCUGAUUUGGUUUUUCGUUUAGAGAAAAUGUUUAAUAAGUCUAAAACUCUAUGCGACUACUACCGGGCAUAUAUCGAAAGAGGGAUAAAGGAGCAUGAACUCGAGAAAAGUGAUAUAAAUACUGCAAAGAUAUCAUAUUUAUUUCACAAUGUAUCCGCAUGGAUACCUUUUGAGAAGUUCAACCUGGAACUGUUGAAACGUACGAAGAUAUACGACAGAGAUGAGCUAGAGACGAUGUAUGGGCCGUGGGAAAGAUAUGCCAAAAGUAUAUCAAGCGUCAAGAUGUGUAUUCCCAGUGAGGAACAAUCCGAUUCAUGCGUAGGUCUUCUGGCGCGUCAACCCACAUUCCUAUCCAUUCACACAUCUCUAGCCAAAUGUAAUCUGCCACCAUAUUGCAGAUUGUACGUGCAGCACGGCUCUGAUUUUGGAUAUGGAAUAAUGCACAGACUUUUACUUUUAAUUCAUGCAAAGCAUUCUCGAAACUGUGUACUUUUUUCCGAAAAAGAGGACAAUUACCUUAGGGAUAAACUUUGCUCCAUGGUAUAUAAUGAAUGCCGGUAUAUUGCUCUCAGUGAUUUUGUAGUACCUGAUUUGCUCACGGAAGGCAUUGCAUUUUGCGGGGCGAUAGGACACGCUCAUUUUUUAACCAAUUUUUGGGUAAAAUCAUUAAUGAUGCAUCAAACAGCAGACGGUUGCAUGAUGGUUGAUCAAGGUAGAGGCGAUGACAACUUUGACAGAGAAUUUGUGACCGAUAAAUACACGAUAACGGAUGAUGCUGAAAUGUUAAACGGAUCAUGUAUAAAGCACAUGACGGCUUUAGCCAUAUAUGUAGUCAGUAAUGUUUUUAGAUACAUCGUAGAGACCCAUUAUUAACCGAUAGUUGUCUUAUUUG